GAGCUGCUGCCAAUCAGCCGAGCAGUGUGAGCUAGAGCAUGCGCACUGCCGAUGAUGGUGAUGAUUAACUGAGAUGGCUGUAUGGAAAUUCUCAGCCGGGUAUUAGAACGGGUGGAGUUACAUUCAGGAAGCUCAAACCUAACAUCACAGCAUGGCCUGACAGUCACUCAGGACCUGAAUAACAUAAGCGUUUCAAUGUGGAAGGAGAAAUGUUUGUCUGUUCUGUCUGUGGGGAAAUGUUUCAAACAUUAUGUGACUGGAAAAUCACCAAGACACAUACACCUGAGUGAGAGAGUUCCAGUGAAUUGACUGUGGAAAGAGCUUUAACCAGUUACACAGCCUGAGGAAACAUCAGAUCAUUCACAGUAGGGAGAAACUGUGCACCUGUUGUAUAUGUGGACAAGGAUCAACCGAUUGUCCAACUUGGAGAGACACAAAAAAUACCGGUACCAUGGAGAAACCGUGGAAAUGUGAGGACUGUGGUAAAGGAUUCACCUAUUUAUCCCGGUUGGAAAUCCAUCGACGCAUUCACACUGGGGAGAAGCCGUUCAGCUGUUCUGUGUGUGGGAAGGGAUUCACUCAGUCAUCCGGCCUUCGGUCACACCAGCGAGUUCACACUGAGAAGAAACCGUUCAGCUGCACAACCUGUGGAGAAAGGUUCAAGUCUUCAUCCAUCCUCAAUGAACACCAGCGGAUUCACACGGGUGGGAGACCAUUCACUUGCUUUGUGUGUGGGAAGGGAUUCACUCAGACCGAGUGUAUCCAGGAUGACAGUGCAGUUUCUGUGCUGGCAGAUCUACAGUGGAAAAGAUCUUCUCCAUGCACCAGCUACAAGAGAAGCAUACAAUUGGGAUUUAAAAUGCUGCCAGCUUCUGUGCUGAGAAAAGUGAAACGUUAUAAUUACUGAGUGAAAGUAAACCUUUUAGAGUGAAUUAUAAUUUACUUGUAGAACUGUAAAAGGCACCGAAAAGUUGGAUUCCCUAAAGAUAAGCUUCAGCCUUUAAGUUAUGAUCUGGAACUUACAAGCUGUAGGGAGCUCCACUCUCUUUGACUCUUUUUGGUUUAAGAAGGUUGAAGCUUCAAUGCUAACUUAUUUAGUUUUAAUUUUCUUCAGUUAUAUUACAGUCAUUUGCAAAGGCAUGUGAUAAAAGCUCAACUCACCUUCUCUGGUUCAGAGGUCAGGAACUCCAGUUCGGAAAUGCACGUCAGAUGACCUGAGAUGGAGCACCAUUAUUUUGGUGUGCCAGGGAGCAGGACACGGGAGGGGGAGAGGGAGAAGUUCCGAAACCAGGGAGAAAUCCCCAAAAGUAGUCCCAGGUAAGGGAUGAAGAUCAGGGACAGGAAUAGGUCCCCUUAAAUGAGGUAAAGCAAAGGAGCAGAUAAACAGGCUCAGAGUUAAAUAAGGAGCUGCAGUGAGCAGACUUGUAGUGAAGUGAGCUUGAGAGAAGCCCUGAAGAUCUGAGAAGGCAGCUGAAGGUCGGUGACUUGGGUACCUCUUUGAAGCAGUGGUGUUCUGCUUGACAAAGAUCUGAAAUUGUGCUUGGAAUGUGAUGCUUGAGCGUACUCAAGAAUCCAGGGGAAAGGAAUCUCGGGAGAGAUUGAAACCUUGUGAGGUGGGACAUUAUUGAAACUGUCCGAGUGGGAAUGACUUUUGGAAAGAAUUCCAAGGUGAGAUCUUCAGAUGUGGAGAUUGGAAACCCUCAUGAGAAAGACAGUUUCAGUGGGAUCGGUUGGCUCACAAUGUGACAAAUGUCUGGGUGGGUUCUGGAGCAAUCCAUGGGAUCUGCUUUGGUUGUAUCUGUCAUUGAAAAUUCAGAGUGCGUCAAGGAGAGAGGACAGGAAUGUUAAGUUCUCUGAUAAGAAAAAUUGCAAGGCUAUCGGGGACAGUAGUUAACUGAAUAAUCAGUUAUCGAACUCAGUAAAGUGAUCAGUUUAGCAGAGGUGCUUCUGGAAGGUGGAGUUUAGGGAACUCAUUUGUUCACUUUGCAGUUGAACAAGCAAUGAGUUUAGAGUGUGUUUUUUGGGUGUCUUGGGGAGAGACACAGGUUGCGUGAUAAGCAUCAAGUGAAUGUUCAGGAAUUCACCGGAAGAAAACUGUUUGCAACUGUGCCAGACCCAAGUGAGAAGCUUUUGUGUCAAGCUAGUGGUAACUCUUCACUGGUUUAUGUGUCUGUAAAUAUAUUUCUGGGGUAAAGGAAAUAGCAUCAAUCUGAAGUGUCUUUUUUUGUUGGUAUUGAGAUCUUUCCAACCUUUUUGUCUGGUGUAAUAUAGUUCAUUUUUUUCCUGUUUAGUAAUUAGUUUAUUUCUUGCAUUAGAAGUUCAUCAACAGACUCCUGUUGAUGAACUUUGCUUCACAGUUUCUUCAAAAAAAUUUAGGAUCUGUCAAACCAGGAUUCACUCUGGGAUCUUAUUGUCAAGUUUUAACAUCAGCUGAGAUUGUAACAGUAAUCUGAAGAGAGAACAAAAGAGCUGUGAGAAAUACCAAAAGAAUUGGAGAAAAAAUAUGGUGUUUGGUUCAUUCAUCUUUGAUCUGAAAAGAAAAGUUAUGUAAAGUUGACACAAUUGUGCACAUUUGAGAACGUUUGCUCCAACUUUCCGCAAACAAGCGAAGACGUUAACUCCUGUCCCACUGAGACAGUUUGAACUGAAGACUUCACCUUUUAAAGAUUUGGAUUUAUCCCACUUGCUACCUUUU